CAACGAUCCGCCGAAACUUGAAGAAGUUCACGUUCCUCACGCAUCCCUUCUUCUACAACGAUCCCCGUCUGCACGAUGUUGAAGGCGUUGAGCAGCCUCCUCCCGUCCGGUGACGAAGGCCCCCAGCUACCACGAAAGGAACUGCUGGAGAAGUAUUUGAAGGACAGUCGCUAUGGUGACAAGCUCAAGCGCCUAAUGAGCAUCAAGGUCCUGUACCCCAACAACUUGAUGGCAAAACACUUCGAUUUCGGAUACUUCGAUGGCCUCAGCGACAGCAUGAAAGGCAGUCUGCUGACGGUGUGCAACAGCGGCAUCGAGAACGAGGACUCGGGCAUGGGAUGCUACGCAAUGCAGGUCAGCUGACCAGAGGCAAGGCAUCACACAACGAGGGUGUGGUGGGCCAAUGCUUUGUUCCGAUAUUGCAGCCGGAGGAUUACGACCGGUUCAAGCCCUUCUUCUCCAAGGUGAUCGCCGAUUACCACCGAGUGCCGGAGGGCAAGGUGCACAUCAACGACUGGAGCCUGGCUGGCGUACGGGGCAUUCCUGCGGGCGGCAAGCUGGAUCUGUCGCUGCUCGGCCUGCCCCCUUUGUCGAUGCGCGUCAGAGUGGGCCGCAACCUGGCGGACUUCCCAUUGCCAGGCGCCAUGACCAAACAGGACCGCCUCAACAUGGAGACCAAGAUGUGCCAGGCCUUUGCCAAGCUCAUCGCCAUGAGCCAAUACGGCGGCCGAUACCACUCGCUGACGCCGGGACAUAAAGACCACAUCUCGUAAGCAGCACAUUGAGCCAGUAGCCACACAAUUGGGGCCAUCAGUCUGCUGUGUGCAGUGAUGCUGAGUAUCAGAAUCUCGUCAAGUCGCAUCUGAUGUUCAAGAACAUGGCUGACGACCCCUAUUUGGCCACGGCGGGCAUCAGCAGCGACUGGCCCCACGGCCGAGGAUGCUAUGUCAGUGCCGACAAGGGCUUCAUCAUUUGGGUGCGGUGCGACUAACAAAGACGGGAGCUGACUGACAUGUGCGGUGUGCUCAUUCAUGUCUCUGUGCCUCUCUGUUUAGGUUGGGGAGGAGGAUCACCUGCGCAUCAUGUGUAUGAAGACGGGGACCCUUCUCAAUGAAGUGUUUGAUCGCCUCAAGGCUGCACUGGACGUCGUCGAGUCCAUCCCCGGCCUCCAGUUCGCCAAGUCGCCAACAUUCGGAUACGUCACAUCAUGCCCAACCAACCUCGGUGAGCCGACACACGAAAGGUCAACAAUAAUCGGCAGUCUGCAUGGCCCUCACGCGACUGUGUGCCAUUUCGCAGGCACUGGGAUGCGCGCGUCUGUUCAUCUGAAGGUGCCCAACCUGACGGCCGAUGGCACCGACAAGAAGGCCAAGGCCGUCUGCAAACCGUUGGGCCUCUCCGUCAGGGGAAUGGGCGGAGAACACACACCAAGUGAGUGCGCAUGCACAUGUCUCUGGCUCUCUGUCGCAUACACACUGUGUCUCUACCUGUUAUGUGUGUCUCAGUUGGGGCUGACGGCACGGUCGACAUAUCGCCGUCAGCCCGGUUCUGCAUCAAAGAAGCCGAGAUCAUCGUCGCCCUCUACAAGGGCAUCAAGCUCUUGAAAGAGAGGGAGGAAGGCAAGGGCGACAAUCCCUUGUGCGGCCUCGUCAAUGCCGCCAAGGAGAACCCUGCUGCUGCUGUGGCGGGCGUGUGUGUGGGUGCGCUGGUCACUGGUCUGGUCAUCACGCGGCUGGGCAGAGCCAAGAAAUGAAUCGAGAUGACCAGGCGUAGGUAUUAGCAGUGAUCCUGUCUGUUUGUCUGGCAAUGGAGCGACGGCCUUGCUGAUUUGGCAAUGGAGCAAGGAAGCAGUGGCAUUGGUUGCUUGAUAUCGAUGUUGUUUGCGUAUCUCCCUCGAUGAAUGCGACAAAACAGAAGGGGGAUGACUGCCGGUGCCAGCGAAUUUUCAGUCAAUAUCACAGCGAUGAUGAUGGAUCCACCAUUCGAAAUUCGUGAAUGAG